AUGAAGGCGCUGGUGUCUGCGUGCUGCUUGCUGUCUCUGCUGGCCCUGUCUGCUGCAGGUAUGGUGGAGGACAGUGUGGGUUCCGUCCUCACUAAUGCCCAGGUCAUUCUGUUUCACUCAUUUAGCGACACCUAUGGUACAGUUAAGUCUGGCCAAGACACGUUUUACGAGCCCCCCCCGGGCCACGCUGAAUACCAGAGUGCCGGACAGGUCUGGCUCAUCGCUGGACCCCUGGCAGUUACAGCGAACGAAUAUCUCCUGACAGGAGCCUCCAUCCAUGAUGCGGAGUCUCUUGUGCAUCUGCAGCUCCCGCAGCCAGAGGGAGACCUCUUCUCCUUCGGCUGUGACACAACGGAGGAGCACUCCAGCCAGAGCUCCUCCAAUGACACUCCGGCCCCAGAGAGGGCCUCGUGUCAGCCCUGCUCAUCAUCGCCGUGUUCAGGCACCAAAGGAGAGGAGCCAACCUCCACUCCAGAGCAUGACGAGGAGGAGGAAGCAGCUUCCAUCGAGGAGGUGGCAAGUGAUGCAGAAGGUGAGCAGGAGAGGUCAACUCUUCAGGUAAGGGUAGAAGAGGAAGAAGAAGAGGUGAUCUCUAAGGAGGCAGCUGAGGAAGAGCCUGAGGAGGCUGAGUCAUCGGAGGAUCAAAGUGUGGAGCAGGAGAAAGAAGCUGAGGCUGCGUCAUCUGAAGAAGAGGAGGAAAAAACAAUGGAAGGAGAGGAUGAAGCAGAGGUCAAGGAAGAGGAAGGAGUGGAGACUGUCCUGGAUGCAGCCGAGGAGGUGGAAACCAUUGCUGGGGAUGCAGUCGAGGACAAGGAAGAAGUGGAAAGUGUCCUGGAUGAGGUUGUGGAGGAAGAAGCUGCUGGAGAUGCAGCCGAGGAGGUCCCAGAGGCCGAAGCUGAACCCCAAGCAGAACCAGAGGAGGUUGUCGCAGCAGAUUCUGUACCUGAGGAAACGGAACCAGAAAUCGCAGCAGAACCUGAGGCUGAACCUGAAGUAAUUCCUGAGCCUGAGAUUGAGGUGGUUUCAGCGCCUGAACCAGAACCAGUUGUGAUUCCUGAAGUAACUUCAGAGCCUGAGACCGAGGUGGUUUCAGUGUCUGAACCAGAACCAGAGGUUAUUCCUGAAGUAAGGCCAGAGCCUGUCAUGGAGGAGGUUGCACCAGAGCCUGUUGAAGAAGCAGCUGUGGUGGAUGUCCCAGUGGAAUCCACAGUGGAGGAGGCUCCUGCUGUAGAAGAGGCACCUGCUGUUGAUGUUGUUGUUGAGGAGGAGAAGGUCAUUACCAAAGGAAAAGAAGCAAAGGGCCGGACGUGGAGGGACCGCUCCCACAUUGAGGACACACUGAAACUGGGCACUAAUGAACCCUCAGCCGAGUUCUCAGCUGCAAUGAAGAAGCUGCUGGACAUCUACCACACGGCCAUCAAGCCCAUGGAGGAGGCCUUCAAGUACAACGAGCUCAGGGAGCACGAAGUCACAGACGGUGAAAUCCCCUCUAAGCCCAUAGUUUUGUUUUUGGGACCCUGGAGUGUCGGCAAAUCCUCCAUGAUCAACUACCUUCUGGGUCUUCACGGCACCUCCCAGGAACUCUACACAGGCGCUGAGCCCACCACCUCUGAGUACACCGUCAUAACUCAUGGUGAGAAGUUUCGGUCCGUAGAGGGCAUCGUCAUGGCAGCGGACAGGUCACGGUCCUUCUCGCCCCUGGAGAGGUUCGGGCAAGGCUUCCUGCAGCGGCUGGUGGGCGUUGAGAUGCCCCACAAGCUGCUGGAGCGGGUCACCUUCGUUGACACACCUGGCAUCAUUGAGAACCGAAAGCAGCAGGAAAGAGGUUACCCUUACAACGAGGUGUGCCAGUGGUUCAUCGAUCGUGCUGAUCUGAUCUUCCUGGUGUUCGACCCCACCAAGCUGGACGUGGGCGGAGAGCUGGAGAUGCUUUUCAAGCUGAUGAAGGGCCGCGAGUCCCAGAUCCGUCUCAUCCUCAACAAGGCCGACAGCCUCUCCACCCAGGACCUGAUGCGGGUCUACGGGGCCCUAUUCUGGAGCAUGGCACCUUUAAUCAACGUCACCGAGCCCCCUCGGGUUUAUGUCAGCUCCUUCUGGCCCCAGGAAUACUCUGCCGACACCACCAGAGAGCUCUUCAUGAGGGAGGAGAUCUCCCUGCUGGAGGACCUCAAUCAGGUGAUCGAGAACCAGAUGGAGAACAAGAUCGCUUUCAUCCGCCAGCAUGGCAUCCGUGUGCGCAUCCAUGCCCUGCUGGUGGACCGCUACCUCCAGACCUACUACGACAAGCUGGGCUGGUUUAGUGACCCCUACGAGGUUUUCCAAGACAUUGUCAAUGACCCCGACAAGUACUACAUCUUCAAGUCCAUUCUGGCCAAGACCAAUGUCAGCAAGUUCGACCUUCCAGACAAGAACGCCUACCAGGACUUCUUUGGUGUGAACCCCAUCUCCGGCUUCAAGCAGCUCUCCUACCACUGCAGCUGGUCCCGCGGCUGUCUGCUGGAGAAGAUCGAGAAGGCCAUCUCGCACGAUCUGCCUGCUCUGCUCAGCAGCGUCGGCAAGACCGCAGCCACUCCCGCCCCAGUGAAGGCUGCAGCAGCAGCAGCACCGCCGCCUCUCCCUGGCACCUGCGAAGAGUGUAAAGAGAAACCCAAGAAUCGCUGGUGGAAGCAGUGA